CUUUUUCUUUCGUGUAUCAAUAUGCCAAAAUAUUACUGUGAAUACUGUGAUAUUUUCUUGACACACGAUAGCUCAUCUGUUCGAAAAGCUCAUAAUGCAGGCAAAAACCAUAUUCUCAAUGUACGCAAUUACUAUGCAGAAAUAAGUCAUGAUAAAGCACAGGCAAUUAUUGAUGAGAUCACAAGAGCAUAUGAUGUUGCUGAAGCAGGUAAGAUGUCAUCAUAAGAGAGAGUAUGUGUUAUCAACGCGUAGUAUAGUAUUACCUCCUCAGUAUGCUGGAUAUCCUCAACCUCCUUAUGGUGCACCAUUCCCACCUCCAUUUGGCGGUAGACCUCCACCUCCUCACAUGAUGGCUCGACCUGGUUUUCCGCCACCCUUUCCACCACCACCAGGCCAAUUUAUGCCACCACCACCUGGAUUUAGACCUCCCCCUCCUCCUCCCCCGUCUCAACAACCACAAAGACCACCUCCACCUUCUAAUACAGCUCCACCUGGAUUCUACCCACCUGGUGCUCAACCUCCCCCUCCUCCUCCACCUUCUUCUUAAUCAUAAUCAUAAUAAAAAAAAGAGAAAAAAGGGGAAUCAUGUAGAUAUAAAAAGAA